AUGAAUAACAAGACAAUUCAUAUUCUGCGAUGCUCCAUUGCAAGGCGUCCACUCAAGCGGAGGAGCCAUGCCACAUUUGCUUCGGGUCAUCACCGUUCCAUUCAACCAACACCACCAAGACCUCCUCCACAACAAACCACUCGACCACCCAAGAAUGACCAUGUCUUUCCCAACAUUGAACGUCGCAAUUGUUCUACUGUUUCCACUCUUCGAGGAUUCAGCAGCCAACGAAGUGAAACAUCGACCAAGGAACGAGAACCCAUUGUGACAGAUGAAGGCGUCAUAUUGCAUCAAGCAGAUCCUUCCGACAAUGAUGGCCAAGGACUUGUUUGGGGCAGCGUGCUUUGGCCCAGUGGUGUAAGCCUCUCCAAGUAUUUGUAUUAUCGGUAUUCGAACGAUGCUACCAUCACCAAAAAUGGUGAUAGUUGCCGUCCACUUCGAGUGCUGGAAUUGGGGUGUGGUACCGGAAUCGUGGGCCUGACCUUGGCCAAAGGUUUGCCACCAACCGUUAUCAGUCGAGUGUCAUUAACAGAUUCCGAAAGUGCGCUAUGGUCCUUGCUGCGAAAGAAUAUUGACUGCAAUGUUGUUCCUAAUGCUAUUUCAACAGGAGGAGCUACGUCAUCAUCAUCAUCAUCAUUGCGACAUGACCAACAAAAAGAGAAACGAGUCGUCAUUCACGGACUGGAUUGGCGAGACCCCAGCACCUUUUUACCAGCUCGAGACUUUGAUUUGGUAGUGGCUGCUGAUGUUUUGUAUUCUGGUAUGGAUAAACUGUUUGCCCGUGCACUGGCAUCUCAUUUGGCACGUGAUCAUAAUGAAGCCUUUGUGGCCUGUCCCUUUCGUAAGGAUUCGCCAUUGGAAGGCUUCUUUGGGGCCUGCCAUCGUUUGGGAUUAAACGUGGAGCGUCUUGAAGAUAAGGAGGGAAGAGCAACCGGAGCCCAUUUUGGAAUGGAUGCUUUUCAAGUCUUUAGUAGCAACGAAUUCGUGCCCUUGGAAGAAUCAUCGAAUAUGGAACAUGUGACCGCUUCACCCAGUUUUGCGCCAGAGAAUGAGCAAAGCGUUCAAAUAUUUCGAAUAUAUCGUUCGAAAGGGAGACCAGAAGACGCCAUUCGGAUACGACGAGCCAGUAGAAUAUGA